AUGGAGAAACCUGAUAUUCAACUUAUACUCGAAACUCCUAUCAUUCAAGAAAUGAAUAAUGCAAAAGAAGGAAAAACAUCUGAAGAAGUGCUGACCCUCAAGCAGCGAGACCACCGUGUAAAAGUUCAAGUGGAGCUCAUCUCCUUCCUCUCACUCCCAGCACUGAAUUCUCAACCAGAACAGCCCAGCAGGGAAGGAGCCGGCGUGGGGUGCCCCUCUGCAGCCGACCGUUUCCCUAGAAGGCCUAACGGCUCAGACGGGCAGGGGAGGGGGGCGGGCGGCCCGGGAGAAACCGAGUCCCCGCCGGACCCCCACCGUGUGGCGCCGGCCGAAAUAACUCCAGUCCAGCUGCAAAAACCCUCCCGAAAACCCAAGCUUCUCCGGCACAACUUCGGUCUCUCCAGUCUCAUUCCUCCCCGCACUCCGCCAAACCGCUCGCCCUGCCCAGCGCGGCGGAUGCAAGCGCUCCCCGCCCCGUGCGGCUACCCGUCCCGCGGGCCGGGGAUCGCGGGCCGGGGAUCCCGAGCCUCACCUCACCUCAAGCGAAGGGCAGCGCGCGGGCGCCCGCGGAAGAGCCCAGGGAGCAUGGCUCCAUGUAGUCCCUCCCGGAACUUUCCUGACAUAGCACUUCUCUCCUCCGCUGCAGAGAACAACGCUGCCAGGCGGAGGAGGAAGGAGGACAACGAAGAGGAGGUGGUGGCGGCGGCGGCGAUAGAGGCGGCGGUGGCGGGAGCUGGAGCUGAAAGUGAGGAGCAUCGCGGACGAGCGCCGCCGCCUCGCGAGCCGCCGAAGGGUUCCCGCCCCCAGGGUAACCAACGCUCCCUCUUAAAGGCGCCGGCCCCGGUUUUAGACCGGGAGAGGGAAGACCUACAUCUCCAGUCUUAACAUCCAACCUCCUUAGCAGUUAGUCGCAUCAGAAAGAAAGCAAGCUGAAGAAUGUCUCACCAGACCCACGUGGAUCCUGCGUUCAUCUCUGAACUAACCAUUGUAACUAUGGGAUGGAAUGCACACUGCCAGGCUGGGGUUAUUUGCCUUUAUCUACAAAAAGGUCAAGGGAAAUAAUUGUAUGUACCCUUCAUAUAUACCCAAACCACAGGGACUGAGUAGAAAGAAAGAGGUUUCCCAAAGGAAAAUUAAAGUGUUGUUAAUAAAGAAGGCAAAAGAAUGUUGAGUAGAUAAAGACUAUAAAUGCCCACUACAAUCCCCAUUCCCCAGUAUACACACAUCACCACCACUGUCACCAAGGGGACUGACCACCUCUCUGCUCCUUUACCAACAGUCUCAGGAUCAGAAGAAUGAGAAUGCUGAUGGGUCAUGGAGGUGCUAGUAAUUGAGCCAACCAGCCACAUCCUUUGGCCUCGGAGCCACUGAGAAGAUCCUGAGUGACAUUUGUGACAUUUCACAAACCACCUGCAAACAAACAAUAUAUAAACCAUGAUUGUAUUCAAUUAUUUUUUCCCUAAAUUAUAAACCUGCCUCCAUGUACCUCAAGCCCACAUUCAUUGUUAGGCCUUUUUAGUUAUGCAAUCAAUUUAAUUUGAUAAAAGCUCAUGGAAAUUCCCUUAUAUAUAUAUAUAUUCAACUUGGGGGAAAAAAAAGUGGCCUACGAAUAAUCACAUUUCAGUAUCCAAGUGCCAAAGAGCCCAGCUUUGUUUUUAAACUUCAGUAACUUUAUCUUUUCAGAGAGAAAGAUGUUAUCUUUGAUAACAGAUGAAAGAUGUUUCAUUGUGCAGUGAAAGCACAAUGAAGACAGGGAGAGAAAUUGAGUCCUGAUGCUCUUUGAGUAUCUGGAGAAAAAAGGAUUUCUAAGAUGUUAUCUUUCUCUCUGAAAAGGUGUUUAUAUUUUGCCUACCAAAAAGUGACAAAAAGUUUCAGGCUUUUUUUGUCUCACACAAGAACUUUUCUUUUACAGUAGUUGCUAAUAAAAAAAAGUUUUGUAUUUUUUUCUUCAUUUGUGCAUUUUAUAGAAGUCCUCAUAUAUCGUAGAAAUUUAGACUAAUAAACUGGAAGAGACUUUAGAAUAACCUAAAACAUCCCUUUCAUUUCAGAGCUAAAGAAAUGAAAGCUCAGAGGUUGACUUGUGUAGGGUACAUAGCUGUUUUUUAGUAUCUGUGAUGUCCCUAACACACAUGUGCUUUUGCUAGACAUUUCGAAGGAUAUAGAAGCAAAAGCAUAGAAUGUAGUCACUGUCCUCAAAGAGACAUAACUAUCUAAGAUAUAAGACAAUUACAGAACAUCACAAUAUAUCACAUAAUUUAGUGUAAAAAGUGUGGGAUGAUCUCCGUGUAUUCAAAAUAGGCAUCAGAAAAUGAGACACUAUGGACUGGAAUAGUCUUGGAAACACUUUAUAGCGAGGAAGCAAUUAGAUGGUCUUUUUUAAAUGCAGAGGAAAAAGGAAAGAUUUUCCAAGCAAGAAAGCAAACAAAAUGAGAAGGCAUUGAUGGGAAAAAGAUCUUGCCACUUGCAGGACAUGUCAUGGUUUAGAAAAGUUUUUCAAACUCCAAGUCAUGAAGUCAUUUUACUGAGUUUUGACUAGUAUUAUUUUAAUUAAAAUAUCAGCAUGCAUCAUACUUAAUAAGUAUUAUUUGUUAAACUUGUGUUUCAUUAUCAUGCAUGUUCUGAGUUAUGACAUGAAUUCAAUGUCUUACUUUGGUUAAUGUUCACAGUAAGCUCAAAAGCCUCUGGUUCUGAAGCUAAAUAGACUAGGUGUGAAACUGUUUUGAGGCAAGACAUUGAGCAAAUAACAUCUCUCCAAGCAUCAAUUUCUUUAUGUGCAAGAGAUUUUCUGCACAGUCCUGUGCACACAGUAAGACUUGUAAAUGCCACCUCUUAUUGACUAGAUUGGAUAUUUUCAACCCUGACUGCACAUUAGAAUCACCUGAGAGGUUUUUUUUAAAAUACCGUUGCCUGGGGCCCAUCCUCAGAGACCCAGAUUCAAUUUCGGGGUUGACUCUGGACAUCAGUGAGAUUAAAAGCUGCCCAAGUGAUUCCAAUGUGCAAUCAUGGCUGAGAACCCUGAGUUGGAGCCAUAGAAGAACACAUCUAGCACCUGAGGAGCCUGUCUCUUUCUUCAGUGAGAACAUUGACUUUCAUAAGUUACGUUUCUGUUUCUUCCCAUAGAUAGCAUGCCAGGUAGUCAGCAGAUUUCUAACUACUUUCUACUCUGCAUUUGCCCCUGAAAAAUCUUCAACUGUGGUGUAAACUGCUCAUGGUUUAUCUCAGUAACACAGCAUGAAUCCUGAGUCAUAAUAUUUCAUGUGUCUCUCCACAUGUACAUUUUAUGGUCAGUUGUAAGCAUAGAGUCGUUUCUGGAGGUGUUAAAAGGCAGUAAAAAUACCACCAAAAACUCCCUAAGGAAAAGCAGAAAGGCUAGAAGUAAGUGGCAUUAGAAAUCCAUAUGCUGAAUAAUUAGCAAAUGACUCAUUAAAUUCCAGCUAUUUUCAUCCUAACUUUUAAUAGUGUAGUUUCUAAACAUAGUAAUUAGUGAUGUGCUUUUUGUAAUUUUACAUUCAGUAAUCCCUCUUAAGUGUUCACAACUUACAAACUUUUUCCCCUAUUUAGUCAAUCCCUUUGUGUAUGAAAGAGUAAACAUUUUCAAAUACAACUUGUCCAAGAAAUUCAGUACCUAGACCACUGUAUUUUGACUGAUUGUUUUGUCUAUGUAAAUCCAGACUUUUCUGAACUUUGGCUGGAGAAAGAUAAUAAAGGUAGCAUAAAUUUAAAUUCCCCCAAAGAGACAUAACAACGAAGAUAAAGGGGGAAAAACACUAUAAACUACAAGUCUGAUAAGCAGAUACCAUGUACUUCAUGAUAUGACAAAAUCAGAAGUACCCAGAACCACUGAGAGGUUUUAUGGCCUAAGCAACGGAAUCUGAAUCUAAUCAAGCCUCUAGACCUAACAGGAAAUACAGGGGACAGAGGAUCAAGUUAGAAAUCAUCUGAAGAAAGCAAUCAAUCAAAUCCAGAAUGUCAAACAUUCAAUAAGCAAAGUGACCUGAUUUCCAUAUGGAAUCAAUGACAUGAAAAAACAGGGGUCAGACUACAAAAGAGUAAAAGAGAUUUAAGGAUCAUAAUUAAAUGCAACGUGUGGACUGUAUGUCCUGUUUGGCACAAACAACCUGUGAAGAUAAUCCUUGAAAUAAUCAGGAAAAUCAGAUUAUGGACUAAGUAAUUUGAUACUAUAAAUGAAUUAUUGUUAAUUUUGUUAGAUGUGAUAAUGGCAUGACAGUUAUAUAUAAAACAAAUAUGUCAUUGGGGUGUAUAUUGAAGAAUUUCAUAAUCCUGCAAAAAUAAUGGAAGGAGGAAUAGGUGAAAAAAUGACUAAUAAUUUUUGAAGCUGGUGGAUGGAGAUUUAUUACCUUGUACUAAUUAUUAUUGAGUAUAUUUGGAAAACUCCCUAAUGAAAUUUUUGAAAAUUUCUAUUUGAUGUUGAGCUAACCUUUUAUUAAAAUCUUUCUCUUGGUUUUGCUAAUAG